AAGUACAGAGAAAUUUUAUUUUUGUCGGAUAUGAACAAAGGCAUGACCUCCGUGCACGGAAGAGGUAGAACCGUCAGUAAACUUCGAAAAUCUCAUAAUGCACGGCCUCCUCGCAGUAGGCAGCGGACUGGCAGCGUGUGUGAUUCGGAUAUAGACGUUAAUCUUCGAAUCAUCAGUUAUGACGAUACUGUCCGCAAGCUUGAUCACUACUACGGCAUUGUUAAGCGCCAGCUGCUACAGAACCAGAGCAUCACCCUUGGACUUUUCCCGCUGUCCAGUCAGGAAAAGGAAGUGGCUGACAUUCGCACUACCAUAUACUGUGCUGCAUCUAUAUGGAGUCUCUUCCAGGCCUACAGGCGUAUAGACGAUGAUCGUGGGAAGGCGUAUGAACUAGGUCAGUCAUGUGUCAAGUGCAUGCGUGGGAUACUGAAUUGUUGGAUGAGACAAACAGAAAAUGUGGAGAAUUUUAAGAAAGGUCAGAAUCCUAAAUAUGCAUUACACUCCAAGUUUCAUCUCAAAACGGGAAAGGAAGUUGUGUCAUCCGAUGAUUAUGGUCAUCUGCAGAUUGACGUGGUGUCCCUCUUCCUACUAUUCCUCGUCCAGAUGAUUACCUCGGGACUACAGAUCAUAUAUACCAUGGACGAGGUGACGUUUGUGCAGAAUCUUGUGUAUUAUGUGGAGAGAGCUUACAGGACUCCGGAUUUUGGGAUGUGGGAACGUGGUAGCAAGUACAACAAUGGCACCCCAGAAUUACAUGCCAGCUCUAUUGGGAUGGCUAAGGCAGCCUUGGAAGCCAUCAAUGGUUGUAACCUUUUUGGAGAGAAAGGUGCCUCUUGGUCUGUCAUCUUUGUGGACAUUGAUGCACACAACCGUAACCGCAGCAUCUUUGAGACGUUGUUACCCCGGGAGUCCAGCUCUAAGAACGUUGAUGCAAGUCUCAUGUGUACUAUAUCCUUCCCUGCCUUUGCUACUCACGAUCAAAUGUUAUACUCCAAAACAAGGUCUCAGGUCAUCAGUUCCCUAGAAGGCAAAUAUGGGUUUAAGAGGUUUCACCGGGAUGGUUAUGGAACAGUUUUGGAAGACAAGAGGAGGAGGUUUUAUCACAGUGCAGAAACAAAGGAAUUUGAGAAGAUAGAAUGUCAAUGGCCACUGUUCUACUUGUACAUGAUCCUAGAGGGCAUGUUCAAGAAUAACGAAGAACAAGUAGAGGAGUACAAGAACAAGUUAAAGCCACUGGUCAAGAGAGAUAAGUGGGGAGAUCCAGUGAUCCCGAUGUACUACUUUGUCCACAAAGACAACGUGGAGGAUGAGCAGGCUGAACCAGGCUCUCAGUAUCGUCAGUCGAGCCCUGAAGGCACUCCAAAGAAUCUCUUCUUGUGGGGUCAGAGUAUAUGGAUUAUUGCCUCCUUGCUCAUGGAUAACCUCCUUCACAUCAACGAGUUAGACCUCAUCCGUCGUCAUCUUCCGUCGUACAAUCGUCCCCGUAAAGGUGGCCGCUAUUCUGCUUUCCAGCGUUCAAGGUACUUUGUAAAGAGCAAGAAUCACAAAGGAACAGCAAGUGAUCUAGUAGUACAAGUGGUCCUGAUUGCAGAGAGCAUGAGACUGCAGGCGAUGAUGGCAACAUAUGGUAUACAAACUCAGACUCCACAUGAAGUAGAACCAGUACAAAUUUGGCCUCCCAAGGAAUUGGUCAAAGUCUAUCAAAAUCUUGGCGUCAGCGAAAAAUUAGGUCUGGGAGGUCGUCCAACUCGGCCCAUUGGUGCAUUAGGGACGAGCAAGAUAUAUCGUGUUUGUGGGCAGACAGUACUGUGCUAUCCUCUGGUGUUUGAAGUAAGUGACUUCUACCUCUCACAUGACAUGGCUCUUCUCAUAGAUGACAUAAAGACAGAACUUCACUUUGUCGGGAAAUAUUGGAGGUUGUCUGGUCGCCCCACUGUUUGCAUUCUUAUCCGAGAGGAGCAUAUGAGGGAUGUUCAUUUCCGUGAGUUGCUGGAUCUUUUAGCAAUGCUCAAGUCUGGCUACUGUGAUGGUCUCAAGAUUCGUACGGGCAGACUCCAGAACCUUAUUGCGUCCUCCUGUAUUGAGCAUUUGGACUUCAUGAAUGCCAUGGACAUAGAUUUGGACAUCACACCAUUUGAGCAGCUUCAGCAUGCCAGCAUCGGUUAUCAGUCACUCACCGAUGUCCCAACUGCCAUCACCUACUCUGAGGAUUCAAUGAGCUUUAAGGAUAUGGGUUUACAACCAACCCCAGAAGUCCUUAGUGUACUGAGGUCAGUUUCAACUCUGCAUGGCCAGACUCAGCUACUGGGAAUCCUCCUUCGACGGGAAGGGCGAAACUUCCAGGUGGACGGUGUUUCAGUUCAAGACCGAGUAUGCGCACUACUCCGUCAGGCUUCUUCUCUCCGAUACUGGGCUGGAGUACGAGAGUGUAAUGCAUUACUCUCCAAGGAGGUGGAGUCAAUCUCACCUUACAUCACCACUAUCUUGGUAUCAGGAAAACAGUUGACAGCAGGAUAUGGUAAGGACGAGAUACUACUAGACAAACCAGUGCAGCCGGCAGAGAUUCACGACCUCUUCUACACACCGGCUCUUCAGGCCCAUAAUGUGGUUCAGGCAGUACUGCAGCAGGAAGUGGUCCUCUACUGUGGUAAACUGAUCGCUACACACACACAGCUCUUCAAUGGCAUCCUUAAUAUUAGAAUUGGAUGGGUGAUCAAAGCCAUGACAUAUUACCUUCACGACGUGUGUCACGGAAAGGAAAGCAUCGAAUCUUUAGCUCCAAAUGAAGUGAGACGUUUGGUGGUCAAGGUGCUCUCUAUUGAUGAAUGGGCACACAAAGAAAGAUUAACACCCCAGCAGAUUCGAGUCAUUGAUGGAUGUCUGGGAAGAACGCCUAAAAGAUUUUAUGAAAAGGUGUUUCACAUAUUAUCCAAGUCAACAGAAGGAGUUCGUCUUUGCGAUCAACUCCUUCCACAACAUCCGACUAUCUCCGAGAUGUCGUCCGGAGAGUUAAACUUUGCUCUUACCGUCCAGUCUCUUCUCAACCGCAUCCAGCACCCGGAGUAUCGUCAGAUUGUUGUUGAGCUGUUCUCGGUUAUAGCAACUAUCCUGGAGAGAAAUCCCGAGCUCAAGUUCUUGCACGAGCUGAAUUUGGACCAGAUUGUCAAAGAAGCUUUCAAGAUGUUUUUAAAGGACCUGGGUAGAGAAUAUACUGAAGAUAUGUCAUCCUUCUACAAUGCAUCUCAAGUUGCAGUGACGAGUUAUUUAGCACGCGCUAUUGUCAACUUCAUGCUAACGGGUGAUGUUCGUAGUGAAAUUGAAGAGGGUCUUACUUUCUGUAAAGUGUCAUAGGUCAGCUAGUGAGGAUGGCAAGUUCUUAAUGUUAGUUGAAGAUUGUUGCAUCGAUCCUAGUGUUGCAAUACCCUGUAUAUAGUUGUUGAAAUGUUCAGAGUUGUGCUAUACUAUACAUUUAGAUAUUUACAACUUGGGUUAAUGAUUUUGUUAAUUUCUUCAUAACCCAUAAAGUAACAUAAUUGCAGUAGCUAUGAAGUUUUCUUGAUAUUAUUUCAAAUGAGAAAAUUGUUAAAUGAAUUUUGCAUUUCACUUUUUGUGUACAGUACAGUACUGUGCUUAUGAUGUGAGGUGUUACACCACAAGAAGAAAGGGUGAGUUACCAGACCUCAUCCUUUAAUACACUACCAUAUUUAGCUCUCUUAUAUGAGUUAAAUAUUUUCUUUGGUAAUGUUGAAUGGGAUGUUUUCUUAAAUAAUUGUAUCAAUCAGAGUAAUGUAAAAUAAUUUGUUGUAUAUUAUAUAAUAUUUUAGAUGAGUGGGACACUGUGUGUACCAUCUUUAUUUGAAGGUCUUGAGGUCAGAAUGAAUUGUGUCAAAACUAAUACUGCAUUAAAGUACAAUAACCUUGAAAAUACAUUUUAAUGUGUUCAUUAACAGUCUGAAAGUUUAUAUAACUUGCAUAGUAAAGUAGUAAAGUAUAUACAGUAUAGUUUUAUGUACAAUAUAGUAUUCUAUGUUUUUAUGCAUUUAUUCUGUAAUAUUUCUAUCUAUGGUAUGUAACAUACCAGCUAAUAUGGCUUACAGUGUUUUCUAGUCCUAAGAUGCAAAAAUGUGAUCUUCAGUAGUGUAGUCAUAUUUUCGAGUUAUUUAUUACACUUGAUUCUCAGAGCUUGGCAAAGUUAGUGGUCAGUUUGUGUCACUUUUUAUACAUUAUGGUAUAAAACUAAACUGAUUCUUCCAGGCUAUUAAGCUUUAUGUGUGUAUUAAUUCGGAAAAUGUGUGUAGACGUUUGUCUCUGCUACUCCCAGUGCUGUAAGGAAUUUGACACCUGCUAUGCAACAUCACCGUAAGCACCGCCGACAAGACGUCACACCACCACGCACUCGCUGGAUAUUUACGUGGACAGACGCUUACACGGAAGGCGACGGGUUGCGUCAGAGCAGCCAAGUCGGGGCUUUAGUUCCACGCACACUUAGACGGACACUUAAACCACCGUUAGGAAUAUUUUGAAGAUAUCAUUGAACUCUGUGUUGUAAAUAAUCUCAAAUACAUUAAAGAAACAUUGUAACCUGAUAUCAUUACACAUUAAUCAUUAACACCAUUAGAGAGAGAGAGAGAGAGAAUGUGACAAACAGCCAAAAGUGAUAGAACAGAGCUCUAGAGACGGCACAAGGAGUCGCCAAAUGGAGCACAACACCCGUACGACUGUCUACGAGUUAUUAUAGACGAAGUUCACUACAUCUACGGUCAUCUACAUCUAACAUACCUAUGGAUUUCUACCUACUGGGUACAAAACUGUGAGACAUCAUAUUAUAUCUGCCAGGUUGAGGUAGUUUGUCUUAUUUUUCACAGGCCAUAUAAAUGAAACACGACGACUGUGCGGUUCAGGCGGUUAACAACCGAGCAGAUUUUGUCUAACCCGGAGAAUGUGGCGAUUUAAGUGGUAAGAACAGGUAUAUAUUCCGUGUACGCAUUACGGUGUGUAGCAAAUUGUUGAUGGAAUGUGGCUGUGUACUAUUUACACUUUGGAGGUCACAUUCAAGCAAUACUUAGCAAUGAUAGGGAAUUAUGCAGUGCAGUAUAUUUUUAUUUCAAUAUUGUUGCUGCUAGUAUUCUAGUCAGUUGUACUAAACAAAUAUCCACCAUGUAUUUCAUAAUAUUGUAAUUUCUUUUGGCAUUCUCAAUUUUUGUUUCGGAUAUACCGUAUACAGCUCCUCCCCGACUUACGACCUACUCAACUUACGACCACUCUCACUUACGAUCUGCCUCGGUUGUACCAAAAUUUGAUCAAAUUACGUAUUUUCGAGUCCCAAAGUCAGUACGCAGUCAAAAUUUUUGUUUGUAAUUCACUUUAAAAUGGCUGGCAAGCUUAAAAGUGAGUGUUUUGUGAUGUUGAGAAGAAAAAGAGACACACAUUUAAGAUUUUCUAUGUAUUAUUUAAGCAUUUCCGACUUACGACCUGGAUUUGUGUCCCUAACCCCGUCGUAAGUCGGGGAGGAGCAGUAUAUAGGAAUGCUGUAUUCUAAAAUUAGGUUUUUCAUUACUUUUGGCAUACAUCAAGAGUAUGUUUAUGGCUCCUCAUGAGGUGUACUUCCUCGGAAAUAUAUAUAUAUGUACCGUAUACAGUAAUGUUAUAUACAGGUUGCACUUAAAAAAUCCAAACAUCAUUUAUCCAAAAACUGUGAACAUCCGAAGAAAAUUGGAGUGAUCGCAUUAAUUAUAAAAAUUUACCACGCUUCUACUGUACUAGUUCGCCGAGCUGCCAGGCGAUGGCGUUGUAGCACACUAAGCUGACUCCAGGGGUAAAUAAGCAAAGAUAUCUUCACUGAGCAUUUUCUUGUAUUAUUAUUAACAUUAUAUCUUGAGUUCCUUAGUUUAGUUUGUUAUACCUGUACAUGCAGUAUUAUAUAUUAGUUUAUACUUGUCAUAUAGUAUUUUAUUUGGUGCUUAGUGAAAUAUUAGGGUUUUUAAUAAUGACCUUCAGUUAGCCAACAAGAUCAAUUAUCUGUAAUGGCUCUGGUAUCAAGCAUUUUGGAUUUUUGAAGUGUAACCUAUAUUUCAACUCAUCCCCCCCCACCCAUCCUCUCAAAAUAUUAAUGUAUAGGCAGAAAAAAGUUGAUUUAAACUAUUGCUCCAAACUGCACCACACCCAAAAUAUAUACCAUAGUGCCAUCUUUGGGUAAGAAAGCAGUUUAGAGUCUCAGGCAUAUACAGUAAAUGAACUUUUGUAAACUGUACUGUACAUACUUAAUGUCACAUGAUGUGGCAAUGUUUGUUAUAAUGUCAAGUGAGGUAUACAUUAUAGUGCAUGUCAUUAGUGUAACGGUCGGUGCCAUUGCGAGAUCAAACGCGUCAUCAUUUGGCGUCAUUCAUUUUUAGAUAUACCUGUAUCUCAUUUAUAAAACAUUGUUUAUCUAAGCCAAGAGUUGUACGUCUUACAUAUUUCACCUUUGUCGUCAGAAAAUGUAACCGUGCGAUGUACUUUAUCUAAGACGAGCAGUGUCAAGCAUUUUGUUGCAAGACUGUGGAUCAUAGAUGACAUCUGUACAUAUCAUAUUAAGUCUUCAACACAAGUUAUUUAUUGUCAACUCAAAAUUAAAUAUCUUGUGAAUAAAACUUGCAUUAAGAUGUACAGCAACUGUUUUCAAUUUGGUCUUAAGUCUCAUGUCAUGCCUUUAUACAGGUGUGUUACCAAAGUCAGAAUAAAAGAUUGUCUUUGA